ACAUAGAAGGUUUUUCACUCCUCAAUCAGCCAGAGAGGGGAGAUCACUUGAGAUCAGCUCCCCAACAGGAGAGGGUCGAGGGAAGGAGGAGAGAAGGGGGAAUCUCAGAAGACCCCGGGGUCCCAUCACCGACCAGACCCAUUGCAACAAGUUCGCGCCCCCUCCCAAACACCUAGAAAGACCCUCCCCAAACUCAGCAUCCCCAUGGCUUCAUAAAAGUUGCUUUGUUCCAGGAUCCUUUGGUGUUUUUUUGUGUUUUGUUUUUGUUUUUUUUUUUGCACCCCCCCCCCAAGGGCUGACGCUAAACUCUCUCCAUCCACAAAACUGCACCCCUGCUUGCACUGGACGUGAUCAUGGACACCCACACAAGGUGGAAAAGGCGAAGUUGGAUAAGGGGGUCCCCCCUGCUCGUCGUCACCUUCCUCCUCUAUGCCGCCGCUCAGAGCCACGCAGCUGCACCAGCAGAUCUCUUGAAGGUAUUAGAUUUUCAUAAUUUACCUGAUGGAAUAACGAAAACAACAGGUUUUUGCACAAGCAGAAGAUCUUCGAAAGGACCAGAUGUCGCCUAUCGAGUAACAAAAGACGCUCAGCUCAGUGCACCAACAAAGCAGUUGUAUCCUGCUUCCCCGUUUCCUGAGGACUUCUCCAUUUUAGCCACUGUAAAAGCCAAAAAAGGAAGCCAGGCCUUCCUGGUCUCCAUUUACAAUGAGCAAGGAAUCCAACAGAUCGGCAUGGAGAUGGGCAGGUCUCCCGUCUUCCUCUAUGAGGAUCACAUGGGAAAACCAGGGCCAGAAGACUAUCCACUCUUCAGGGGCAUUAACCUUUCAGAUGGCAAGUGGCACAGAAUAGCCAUCAGCGUGCACAAGAAAAACGUGACCUUGGUGUUGGACUGUAAAAAGAAGACGACUAAAUUCUUGGACCGCAGUGACCACCCAAUUAUAGAUGUCAAUGGGAUCAUCGUGUUUGGGACCAGGAUCUUGGACGAGGAAGUAUUUGAGGGGGACAUCCAGCAGCUCCUCAUAGUCCCGGACCCAAGAGCGGCAUCGGACUACUGUGAACACUACAGCCCUGACUGUGACACGGCAGUCCCGGACACGCCCCAGUCCCAGGACCCCAACCCAGAUGAAUACUAUCCAGAGGGAGAGGGAGAAGGUGACACCUAUUACUAUGAAUAUCCAUAUUACGAAGACACUGAUGAUGCGGGCAAAGCAGCAGCGCCCACUGACAAGCCCGUUGAAGCUGCUAGGGAAACAACAGAGAUCGCAGAGGUGUUCACCUCUCCGCCUACAGAAAGGCCCCCAGUAGUAGAAACUGAUGAGAAUGAUAAAACCGACCCUGACGUAGUUGAUUAUGAUUAUGGCUACUAUACGCCUUCUCCUUACGAAGACAUAAACUAUAACGGAGAGCUAGAGAAUCCAGACAAAAUCUCGGAAGGUGCUGUAGAGGCAGAGAUUCCCACCAGCACAGUCAUCGCCUCCAACUCGUCAGAUGUGGGACCAUUUCCAGACCAAGACAAAAAUGACUUCGAAGGGGAGUUUACUGAGGAAACCAUCAAGGAGCUUGAAAAUUAUUAUGAUCCUUAUUUUGAUCCUACCAUUUCCCCCUCAGAGAUUGGACCUGGCAUGCCUGCCAACCAAGAUACUAUCUAUGAAGGGAUCGGAGGACCUCGAGGCGAGAAAGGGCAGAAGGGGGAACCAGCCAUCAUCGAGCCGGGUAUGCUCAGCGAAGGCCCCCCUGGUCCAGAAGGCCCUGCCGGGCUUCCUGGCCCUCCGGGGACUUCUGGACCUUCAGGUCAAGUGGGUGAUCCAGGAGAGAGAGGUCCUCCUGGACGUCCAGGGCUUCCAGGAGCUGAUGGUCUUCCAGGACCUCCAGGGACAAUGCUUAUGCUGCCUUUCCGAUUUGGAGGUGGAGGUGAUGGGGGCUCCAAGGGACCCCUUGUUUCAGCUCAGGAAUCUCAAGCCCAAGCUAUCCUGCAGCAGGCCAGGUUGGCACUAAGGGGACCAGCAGGCCCAAUGGGACUUACUGGAAGGCCAGGGCCUGUGGGUCCACCUGGCAGUGGAGGAUUGAAGGGAGAGUCAGGUGAUAUGGGACCUCAGGGACCCCGGGGUGUCCAGGGCCCACCUGGUCCUACAGGAAAACCUGGGAGAAGGGGACGGGCUGGAAGUGAUGGUGCCAGGGGGAUGCCCGGCCAGACUGGUCCCAAGGGUGACCGUGGUUUCGAUGGGCUGGCCGGCUUGCCGGGUGAGAAGGGACACAGAGGCGAUCCUGGGCCUUCAGGUCCACCAGGGCCCCCUGGAGAUGAUGGGGAAAGAGGGGAUGACGGUGAAGUUGGCCCCCGAGGUCUACCUGGAGAACCUGGACCCCGUGGUUUGCUUGGACCUAAAGGACCACCUGGGCCAUCUGGACCUCCUGGCGUGACGGGUAUGGAUGGACAAACCGGCCCCAAGGGAAAUGUGGGUCCUCAGGGAGAACCAGGCCCCCCAGGACAGCAGGGCAAUCCAGGUGCCCAGGGUCUUCCAGGCCCCCAGGGAGCAAUUGGCCCACCAGGAGAUAAGGGUCCUUUAGGUAAACCUGGUCUUCCAGGCAUGCCAGGUGCAGAUGGUCCUCCGGGACAUCCCGGCAAAGAGGGCCCACCUGGGGAGAAAGGAGGUCAGGGUCCAUCUGGUCCACAGGGCCCUAUUGGUUAUCCAGGACCUCGAGGAGUCAAGGGAGCAGAUGGCAUCCGUGGUUUGAAAGGCACCAAGGGUGAAAAGGGUGAAGAUGGCUUUCCUGGAUUUAAAGGAGACAUGGGGAUAAAGGGAGACAGAGGUGAGAUCGGGCCUGCUGGACCAAGAGGUGAAGAUGGCCCAGAAGGCCCUAAGGGUCGUGGAGGUCCCAAUGGUGACCCAGGUCCCCUGGGUCCUGCUGGAGAAAAGGGAAAACUUGGAGUCCCCGGCCUUCCAGGCUAUCCAGGAAGACAAGGCCCAAAGGGUUCGAUUGGAUUUCCGGGAUUUCCAGGCGCAAAUGGAGAGAAAGGUGGAAGGGGUACACCUGGAAAGUCUGGCCCAAGGGGGCAACGCGGUCCAACGGGUCCACGUGGUGAAAGAGGUCCUAGGGGUAUCACUGGGAAGCCCGGACCUAAGGGCAACUCGGGUGGUGACGGCCCAUCCGGGCCUCCUGGCGAAAGGGGACCCAACGGACCUCAAGGACCCACUGGAUUUCCAGGACCAAAGGGCCCCCCUGGUCCACCAGGGAAAGAUGGACUGCCUGGCCAUCCCGGACAGAGAGGUGAAACCGGAUUCCAAGGGAAGACAGGUCCUCCUGGGCCCCCUGGUGUUGUCGGCCCCCAGGGUCCUACCGGAGAGACGGGGCCGAUGGGCGAACGUGGACACCCCGGUCCUCCCGGGCCCCCGGGCGAGCAGGGUCUUCCUGGCCUUACUGGAAAGGAAGGAACUAAGGGAGAUCCCGGUCCCGCUGGCCUCCCUGGAAAGGAUGGUCCUCCAGGAUUAAGAGGGUUCCCCGGAGAUCGAGGUCUCCCUGGUCCAGUGGGAGCUCUUGGGUUGAAAGGCAAUGAAGGUCCUCCAGGUCCCCCUGGCCCAGCUGGAUCUCCUGGUGAGCGAGGUCCAGCAGGUGCAGCUGGUCCAAUAGGCCUGCCAGGGAGACCAGGACCACAAGGACCCCCAGGGCCUGCUGGUGAAAAGGGAGCUCCAGGUGAGAAAGGUCCCCAGGGCCCAGCAGGCCGGGAUGGUAUCCAGGGUCCUGUUGGUCUCCCAGGUCCUGCAGGUCCCGUGGGCCCUCCUGGAGAAGAUGGAGAUAAGGGAGAGAUUGGAGAACCAGGCCACAAGGGAAGCAAGGGAGACAAAGGUGAACAGGGCCCACCAGGUCCAACCGGCCCUCAAGGUCCCAUCGGGCAGCCGGGCCCCUCAGGAGCCGACGGCGAGCCUGGCCCAAGAGGUCAACAAGGUCUCUUUGGACAGAAGGGUGAUGAAGGGCCAAGAGGUUUUCCUGGUCCUCCGGGUCCAGUUGGAUUGCAGGGUCUACCUGGACCUCCAGGUGAGAAAGGAGAAACGGGAGAUGUGGGACAAAUGGGUCCCCCUGGCCCUCCUGGUCCCAGAGGUCCCUCAGGCCCCCCAGGAGCUGAUGGACCCCAGGGUCCACCAGGUGGUAUAGGGAACCCUGGAGCAGUGGGAGAGAAGGGUGAGCCUGGUGAAUCUGGUGAGCCUGGUCUUCCCGGAGAGGGUGGUCUACCGGGACCCAAAGGGGAGAGAGGAGAAAAAGGUGAAUCUGGUCCGUCUGGUGCUGCAGGGCCUCCGGGACCCAAAGGCCCUCCGGGUGAUGAUGGUCCUAAAGGAAGUCCGGGCCCAGUUGGUUUCCCUGGAGAUCCUGGUCCCCCUGGAGAACCUGGUCCAGCUGGACAAGAUGGUCCUCCUGGUGAUAAAGGAGAUGAUGGUGAACCCGGUCAAACAGGAUCUCCAGGACCAACUGGUGAACCUGGACCAUCUGGUCCUCCAGGAAAAAGGGGCCCUCCUGGCCCAGCAGGCCCUGAAGGAAGACAAGGAGAGAAAGGAGCUAAGGGAGAGUCUGGCUUGGAGGGCCCACCAGGGAAGACUGGUCCCAUUGGUCCUCAGGGAGCUCCUGGAAAACCCGGUCCUGAUGGUCUUAGAGGGAUUCCCGGUCCAGUGGGCGAACAAGGUCUCCCAGGAUCCCCUGGUCCAGAUGGUCCACCUGGCCCCUUGGGUCCUCCAGGUCUCCCUGGCUUGAAGGGAGAUUCCGGUCCAAAGGGUGAAAAGGGCCACCCCGGUUUAAUCGGUCUCAUCGGUCCUCCAGGCGAACAGGGUGAGAAAGGCGACAGAGGCCUCCCAGGUCCUCAGGGUUCUUCUGGUCCUAAAGGCGAGCAGGGUAUCAAUGGCCCUUCAGGUCCUCUCGGUCCUCCAGGUCCCCCAGGUUUACCGGGCCCUCCUGGUCCCAAAGGUGCUAAAGGCUCAUCCGGCCCAACAGGUCCCAAGGGAGAAUCUGGUCAUCCAGGUCCCCCAGGUCCACCAGGUCCUCCGGGAGAAGUCAUUCAGCCAUUGCCUAUCCAAGCCUCCAGAACGAGGAGAAACAUUGAUGCCAGCCAACUGGUCGAUGAUGGCAAUGGUGAAAACUAUAUGGACUACGCAGAUGGCAUGGAGGAGAUAUUCGGCUCACUGAACUCACUGAAACUGGAAAUUGAGCAGAUGAAGCAUCCUUUAGGAACUCAGCACAAUCCAGCCCGGACUUGCAAAGACUUGCAACUUUGCCACCCAGACUUCCCUGAUGGUGAAUACUGGGUUGACCCUAACCAGGGAUGCUCUCGAGACUCUUUCAAAGUUUACUGCAACUUCACAGCUGGAGGAGAAACUUGCAUCUUUCCAGAUAAAAAAUCUGAAGGAGCUAGAAUCACUUCCUGGCCUAAGGAAAACCCGGGCUCCUGGUUCAGUGAAUUCAAGCGCGGUAAACUGCUCUCCUAUGUGGACUCCGAAGGCAACCCCAUCGGUGUGGUACAAAUGACGUUCCUCCGGCUCCUCAGCGCCUCAGCCCACCAGAACCUCACCUACAACUGCUACCAGUCAGUCGCCUGGCACGAUGCCACCACGGGCAGCUAUGACAAAGCCAUCCGCUUCCUGGGAUCCAAUGAUGAGGAGAUGUCCUAUGACAACAACCCUUUCAUAAGGGCCGUUGUGGAUGGUUGUGCAACCAAGAAAGGCUAUCAGAAGACUAUCUUAGAGGUCAACACACCCAAAGUCGAGCAAGUGCCUAUCGUUGACAUUAUGUUCAAUGACUUCGGAGAAGCGUCACAGAAAUUUGGAUUUGAAGUAGGACCAGCGUGCUUCAUGGGUUAAGAGCCAACCAAAACUAGUCUCCAAAUGAGCAACCUCGUAACCUCAACCUCAUCGCGCUAUUUUUAUUUGUCACAUGCAACGUUCUGAAACUGGACAGUGAUUUUUUUUUUUUUCCCGCCUGAGUUCGACUGUGCCACUGCUUCCAUCUCUAUCAAAUCCAAAAUGGAAAGAGAGAAAAUAAAGGAAAGAAAGAACCGAUCCCUUGACAGCCUCUGAAUCACAUGACCUAGACCCAAGCUAUGUGGCAGACAACCUUUCCACACUCAAUUACUGCUCACCACACCCUGACACCUGCUUCUCCAAAAGCUCCAUGGAUUCCACAUUUCAACCAAACAAAGGUACAAUGGCAAAAAUGGAUUAAAGACUUCUUGUCACACAGCUCUUGAAACAGCUGUGGACUAUUUUUUGGAAAUAAUGAAAAAGGUAAACUUGAAAAUAGGCAUUUCUUUUGACCUUAAGAAGCAGGAGGCAAGCUUGAAAAGGUCAUUUUCACAAUUGCUUGUGCCUCCUUUUCUAAAACAACCCCCUCCAGCCCCCAGAUACUAAUGCAUCUGGGGGCUAAAGACCAUAGUGUGCAUACUUUUCCUGUGUAUUAAAGGUGCUUAUAUUUUUGUAAGUUUGUAAGUAAAUAUUUGUUUUGUAUAUUAUUUUAAUUGUUAAAUGUUCCUGGCUUCAAAACAUGCAUGUGACCCAGGCUUUAAACUAAACCAGCAAGCCAAAAUUCCACCAACAAAAUCUCAAAUGGAGGCAGUUGGUCUGGAUUCACUGUUGGUGUCCAAUAUACCAACCAGAAAUGUGAGCCCUUGAUAGAGGAAUUGAAGCAGUAUUGCCAAGCACACACAAAUUGGCAAGAUUUGUGCUGGAAAAUUGGUGCCAUAAAAGCAACUCCUAUGGUACCUCUUUUUUCUCCUGGUAUCUUUUUAUUAAUUCUGUGGGGGUUUUGUAAUGGAAAAAAAGGAAAAAAAAGUUAUACUCAGUCUUUUGUAUACUUUCCUACCUUGAUAUAAAGGUUUAAAUUAAUUUUUAAUUGCUUCCUCUUAAAUUCCUUCAUUGGUAUUUUUUUUUCCUGCAGCUCUUGAUGGGAGACAGUCUGUGGCAAGGAAAUCACAGUUUCUUUAAAAAAUAAAAUUAAAUUGGUGCUUAUUACAUUUAUCUUCGUGGUGCUAACUGUUUAAGAACUUCUUAAUAUAACACUGGCGGUGUCCUGCCACAGUUUGAUCUCCCAGAAAUCUUUGCUCUGGCAAUUGUCUAUCUAGACAAAGUCUUGCUUAGGACUUUAAUAUAAAUGCAUGCCAUUCUCGUAUCCAUUCAGUAUGUAGAGCAACUGUUUCUUUUUUAAUUUUAUUAUUUUAGCUUCAAAGGCCCAUGUAGAAAGUAUUAAGUGUGCUGACUUGGUUUGGGAGAAAAAGGAAAGCAUAUGCAUAUGCUUUAUGUGGUUGUAAUUCUACCAGAUUGUACUCAGUUGCUGAAUGUUUGUGGUGCUAAUUUAUGUUUGUUCAAUGUACUGAAGUGAAGAUGAAACUGCCAGUUGUCUCACGUGCUGCCUCAGCAGUAACUGCCUUAAAAACAGCUUAGGCACACAGAGAAAUGUGCAAUUUGCUUUUGAUGCCUAAGAUGGCUGCCAGGAGCUCUUUUAUCAGCAGCCUGCCAAUUAGCAAUUCGAAUUUCAAUCAGCAGUGCUCCCUGCAGCAGUUUCCUCUCUUGGAUCUCUAUGAUGGAAAAUAUAUAUGUAGAUGUAAUAUGUAUUGUUCCUCGCCUAUAUUUAGCUUGGGGUGCUUUGUGUGGGGAAGUGCCUGCAGGGGAAGAGAGAGCAAGAUUUUUCAGAAAGGAAAGGACAUCACAUUUACUGUGAAAAGAUGCUUAUAUAUGAUGUCCCUUCCCUCCUCCUGUAGAAAACAAACUUGAAAACGGAGGUUGAGGGUCACACGCUUCCCCAUGAUUUUCCAGGGUUGCAGUGUCUGCACAGUCUAGGCAAAGCUGCGAUGCCGAGACUGUCAAAUGGUGCUUUUUCUGUUCUCCUCGCUCUCGUUUCUCCUGUUGAGCAAUGGUACUAGCUUAGGAACCCACAGAAACUACAGAAAGCCAAUCCAGGAAACAAACAAACAAACAAAAAACAAACAAAAAACACCCCCUACACUUCUCAAAAGCAAGUAUUGUUCAUACCAAACCAAAGUCUAAUGUCCAGAUCACUUUGUGCCCAGAGGGCAGAUGGGUUCUAAGAGGCUGGGGGUAACUCAAAUUCCUUGCACAUUCAUCUCUGCAAAAGAAAAGCCAUAUAUAGCUAGAUCGAUCGAUGCAAACCCUUGUGAUGAUGUCUAGGUCAUGUGAUUCUGUUAUGACUUCUCUUUGAGAGAGAUUCGUCUUUUCUUUCUUUGUCUUUUUUUUCUCUGUUGAUCCCUCCAAAGUGUUGUAAUUGUACUGAAGUUCAAACGUGUCCCGUUCUUCCCCAGACCACUUUAGCUACGGUAUAUUGCAAUAAAAUUACUUCUUGUACUUGCAGAAAUUCUUUUUGUGUAAUUUUAUUUUUUCCCUUAAUAUAUAUGACUUGAACAAAUGUUGAUUAAGAAAAGAAAACCUAUGGAAAAGAUUUUAGUAGAUAAGGCCCUUUAAAAUAUACUGUCAAAUGACAUAUUGUACAUUUCUUAAAAAGUCCAUUAAACAUGUCAUAAAAUUUAACUGUAAUGCCCAGAAGAGGUAUUUUUAAAUAUUUUAAACCUGUGUAAUAAAGGAAUAAAGGAAUAAAUGUAAUAGAUUUUUUUCAAUAAAUCAAGUUUACUGUUUCCACCUAAAA